AUGGUCGGUGGGUAGCCCACACAGCAGAAAAUCUCAUUCAUGCAAAGUCGCAAGCUACGAAGCAAACUAAGCAAAUUAAAAGAAGUCAAUGGCUCUUUGCUUCUUAAAGAGAGAUAAAAAGACUAGGAAAGGGAGAGACAGACUAUGCUAAUGGUCUCUAUGAGCGGGGGUUCACGGUAGACACAGUUUAGAUAGUAGCGGUCAAUGUCGCAUGACCAAGAUGGGUUUCACCAGAGUGAGUCUUCAGAUACACAGUCUCAAUCAAAUCAGAAUGUCAAUCAUAAAAGUCAUAGUCAAAAUGAUUUGAUGAAAAUGCGUACCCCUGAUAGAAACACUCGUAAAUCCCAAAUAGGCAAAACAGCCACUCUGCUGAUGAUGAAUUAGGACAGAGCCAGUGAAAACUUCUAGUCUGUGUUGAUACCUUAAACAGACAUCGUUAAGAAGCUGAAUGCCACUUUUAGCUCUAUAGAUGAGAUAGAAUUAAAUAGAUUUUUUAAAGAUAGGAGAACUCUAGAUAAGAGUGAAAGAAGCUAUCUAUAAAAGUAUAUUCUUAAAGGAUUGCCUCAUUCUAUUAGAGGGAAGUUCUGGAUGGACUUAGCUAGGACAUUUGCCAACGACAGUUUUUACACCUCAAAGGAGAACCAAGAUUCAAUAGAAAGGAUACUUUAGGCUUAUGUAAGACGAAAUCCCACUAUUGGCUACUGCUAGGGGAUGAAUUUCAUCGUGGGCAGACUUAGGAAAUAUCUUAAAGAAGAGGUAUAAUACUCUAUAUAAAUGAAUUAUUAAUAGGAAACUUUCUGGCUAUUCUGCAUGAUUAUCGAGUGCUAUCUGCCAUUCGACUAUUUCGAGAUGAUGAUUGGAGUGCUCAUAGACCAAAAGGUGUUUAUGAAAAUGGUAGAGGCACAGUUCAAAGAUCUCUUUAAUAAAUUCAAGGAUUUGGGGUUUGAUUUCGCUAUACUUGCUUUUCAAUGGUUUCUCUGUAUAUUCACAUAUAAUAUGCCUGAAGAUACUGCUUUAAGCAUCAUUGAUGUGUUUUUGCUGAAGGGAAGCAAGACUUUAUUCUAAGUUGGAAUUACUUUGAUCUAACUUAUUGAAUCGCAGAUUAUUGCUUGUGAAGAUAUAGGAGACUUGUUUUAGAUAUUCGAACCAACAAAUGCAGUAUUCACAUAGAAAAAGAAGAUAAUAGAGAAGGUCUUAAACACCAAGCUAACCAAUAAAUUUAUCAAAGCAUAGAGAGCUAAAUUCACAGAUGAGGCUUUAAAUGAAAUUAAAGAAUAUGAAACCUCCAAAAAUAAGAAUUAGAAUCAGAGUAAUAAUAAACAGCAAAUGCUGUAGCAGUUCAAAACUUAAAAGAACGUAGAUGACCACCUUAAACUUAGAUUUCUCUAAAAAUUCCCAUUGUUUUAGAGCCCUAACAAGAUGAAAUCAACAGUCUCAGAGUGUGAUGAAAACUAAAGAGAAUUUUUUCAUUGUGAUCACGUCAACUGGCCUAGAUGUAUAUUUGACUACACAGCCAGUAGUAUUCUUCCAUAGUAAUUUAGUUUUAGAGUCAAGCAUGAUCCAAGUAUCAUCAACGAUUACUAUUUUUACCCUCAAUACACUAAGUAGAGUCAAGACCUGUUUGCAAGCACACAAAGUAUUUUUUCAUAGUUUAGUAAUGGUUAUGCAGUUGUCAAUGACUCCAUUUAUAACUAACUUAUUAUAGAGAGAAAUUAUCACCCUUGCUCAAAUAAACAGUUCAAGUAUAAAUUCAUUGACUUAUACAAUAAGGUUUGCUAUGAAUUACUAACAAGUCCACUAUUAAACACACAGCUGUGCUCUGAUAUAUAGGCAAAGCAAAGAUUAAAAUAAUUUAUGGAAUAUGUACUCAACUAUUAAGAACCCUUGAAUGUAGUACCAGAGGAUGCAAAUGAGGAUCUGGAUGGUGCUAAUAAUUCAAUAAACUCAACUGGAUUUAAAAAGAAGAUAGGUUCAUCAUCAAAUAAUCUCCUUAGUGGUGAUAGAGGACUACUUUCUAAUCUAAGUGAGGAUGGAAGGAUUAGUAUGCAAAGUUCACAUUCUAAGUUGAAUCAAAGAAGUCCAGAGUAGUUAGUAGAGUCAGAUGGUGAAGACUCUGACGACAGUUAUUUUAUGAUGAUGUAGGACUAAACUAAUUAACAGCCAAAAGACGAAUUAGUAUAGUGGUUGAGUAGGUUUGACUUAACAGAGGUUCAUAGGGCUACCUAUGACUUUACAGGCUCAGAUCAAUAUAAGUCCCUUAGCAAACUGAUGCAAAAAGAUAAAAGUAGUAAAAUUGGGUCCAUUAAAUUUAACAGCAACUUUAUGUAAACUGAGCAGUCUUCUAGUACCAAGCAUUUUGAAUUUGGGAGUCAAAAAAUAAAUGACGAUAUUUCAAAGAGAUCACAGAGUCACAAUCUAAUGAACUUAGUUUCGCACUAUUAGAGAUAACUACGGCAAAAUCAGAAAAAGUCUGGAAUGAUCGAUAGUAAGGGGUCAGUGAUAGUGCCUCGAUAGGAUAACAGAACAUCAGUUGGAGCUAUGAUUAAUCAGAGAUCUAUACAUGCUUUCAUCACGAAACACAAUCCAGAAAAUUUGAAUGAAAAGCAGACCACAUUAAUGCGGAUGUCUUCAAUUAUAGCGUUUAACAAUAACUUCUUAUGA